CCUUUACAGAUGGCUUUACCAAAGCCUCUUUGGUGUUGUCGUUGAUAAUGAAAUUUACUUCUUAACCAGAUAGUUUAUAAAAAAGGAGAUAAAAAAGGUCAAAUUAAUUUCCGUCGGUUCGAACGAUGUAACUGGUCAAAAAGGCGGCCGAGUCUCGGUUCAUAAGUGUAAAAUCGUCUCGUUUCGACUAAAAAUGCGGUCAGUCUGAUCAUUGUGGACAAAGGUUAAUUUUGAGUGUUGAGAGAGAGAGAGAGAGAGGGGCUUAUUCAUGAAUCUUCCCCUGCCUUUGUUCCGUUUAUUUUGACAAUUUCACCAAAGAAUCGGCCUCAUCCCCCCAUUUAUUUUACAAAUCCUUUUUAAAAAUGAUGGAAAAUGUAUUUAGCAAACUGACAGACGAUAAUCCCAUCACUUCGAUAAGUGUAAUCGAGGAUAUUGCAACACCACCUCCUGGUUUCAUAGUUGUGUCCAAAACUCAUGAUCAAGAUUCCGAUGCCGACCUUUGGAAAGCGUACAAUUUUUUCGGUCGGAAAAUAUCAAGGUAUCUAUGCCUUUCCAAAGAGGAAAAGAUUGCCGACUACAUCGUCGAGAACAUAGGGGUCAUCGGGGAAAAGGACGUCCCGCCAGAUGGCUAUUGCCUCAUACCAAGGACAAUGGACACAGAUGCGAAAGCCUGGAAGAAAAGGCAAAUCUGUUACAGCCUGGCAAGGCGUUACAAGGCAGUAUCAGCGGUCACGGAUGUCAUUCUCCUCAGUAAAAACAGGAAAGCACCUCAAGGUUUUAAAUUAGCCGGCGACAUAAAUGGAUUAGCGGUUUGUUUUAAAGUGAACACAGAAUUUAGCAUGAAAAAACCUCCAUCUCCCACACCAGUACUAAGCUAUAGUUUGAGCCCCAAUGGAAUCCAGUUGUCGGAUGUGCCGAAGAAACAAAACCAGCCGUCUAAUGGAAUAUACCCAGUGGUGAGCCCGCCGAAGCCGACUUCGCCCGGCGGCGAUGAUUAUGUGAACAUGCUCAUGCCAAAGCGUAAAGCUCCGCCUGUUCCGAUUUCGCCGCCUGGUCCUUCGACCUCUUCGCCACCGCCGUUGACGUACAAGUCAGCUCAUAACCCGAGCAACUACAGCACCCUCGGCUCAUAUCAAGGCCUCGAGGGUGUGCCAUUCGUUUUGCAUCCUACACUACAACUCAUCACACAUAAAAAUCUAGUGCCAUUUCACAAGUUGCAAUUUAAGAAGAAAGAAACACUCGACAAAGAGUACAACUAUGACUUUAAACUCGAGCGGCAAUAUACAUAGCAGAUGGCAGAAGAGUUUUCAUUUCACGCCAUGAAACGGAUAAGCAAGAGGGCCAUUAGGAAAAUCUGUGCGCCGCAGCCGCCUUUCAAACUGACUCUUCUCGACUCAAACUGAUUAUUAGGCAGGGACACGCGGGACGAUAUGCCAGUGGAGGUUUUAUUUAUUUCGCCCUCCUAGGCAGAUUUUCUUUUCUUUCUUAUCCUGGAUCGUCAAUUAAAUCUAAAUAAGUUCCCAAUUUUUGUUUAUCUAGCUGAGUUUAUUUUUCAACUUAAAUGUUUUAUCAUAGCAUACAAGAAGAAUUCUGUUUAUAAUAUAAUCCAGUUUUGGCUCACGUAAACAAGAUUCUCAACUUUCUUUCAUUUUAAGGUGAUUUAUGGUAUGCUUAAAUGUUGAUUGUUCUUCCUUGGGACUAAAUCACCUUUCAUCUGUUAAAAUAAAUCAACUGUAAUGAUUUGCUUUGAACAUUCAAGGCCGUUAGGUUAACGACAUGUUACAAACUGCCAUUUUAUUUUUACUUUAUGCAAUACGUAUUAAUAGUAGGGAUUAAACACUUUUCUGUUGUAGCUGGUGCCAAUUUAUUGAAAUACAAAGUAUUAGGGUUCACUGUACAUAUAAAUUAGGUAGAUUUUUUUUGCCUUACAGGAGGUUGAAGACUGAAAUUUUAAAAUGUUUUUAAUUAAGGUGCUCAAUGGGCAGCGUGUCUCAAAACCUUUUAUGAACAAUUUAGCCCUCUUUUUUUAACAGGUAACCCUUUUAGAGGUUGUGAAAAACCAAAAACAUUAUGACAAGACGGAAACCUUGAAUGAAAAGUGUCAUUUUAAUUUUAAGUUUUUUCCUCUUACUCUCCUGGGGAAAAGAUAUCACUGCUCAAGCACAAGGAUCUCCCUAGUUCCCAAACCGUGUUAGACAACGGUUACCUGUAUAAGGCAGAUUUUUUUUUUUUUUUUUAAUUGGAAUGAAGUAGAA